AUGGGAUUUCGGUAUAAAAAAGUUGAAAACAACAGAAAAUUACUUAUCGAGAAAGAUGAUGUUCGUUUAAAAAGAGUAAAGUUUUUAGCCGCGAUAAAAAAGUACAGAUUGCAAGGGAGAGAGAUUGUUUAUAUGGAUGAAACCUACAUCCAUACCUCACAUUUGGCAGGUAAAAGCUGGGCUGACUCGUCAGAAAACGGAGUGAAACAGUUAAUUUCUAAAGGACAACGUCUUAUAAUAGUGCACGCUGGUAGUAGAAAGGGGUUUAUACCUAUGGCAUUGUUAAUGUAUCAGUCUACUGAUAAAACAGGUGACUAUCACAACGCGAUGAACAAUGAAAACUAUGAAAAAUGGCUUCGUAAUCAAUUCAUUCCAAACUUAGCUCCACAUUCGGUACUAGUAGUAGAUAAUGCUGCAUAUCAUAAUAAGUACGUAGAAAAACCUCCUAAUUCAAAUACCCGUAAGCAAGACAUGAUUGAUUGGCUAUCCAAACUUAACGUUCCGAUUGAUCCGUCAUUAACAAAAAUUGAAAUAUAUGAAAUUAUUUGCAAGUACAAACAAGACUUUGUAGAAUACUCUAUAGAUAAACUUAUGAACGAAUAUGGACACAGCGUACUAAGAUUGCCACCAUAUCAUCCUGAUUUCAAUCCGAUUGAAAACAUAUGGUCUCAAAUAAAGGGAUACGUAUCCAAAAGAAACAUCAGUAUGAAUAUGACUACUGUGAAACAUUUGGUACAGGAAAAGGUUAAUAUGAUUGGUUCCGAUGUUUCGGCCAAAGUAUGUGACCACGCCAUCAAAUGCGAAAACGAGUACCGAAAACACGAACCUGAGUUGGAAAAUUAUAUGGCUAGUUUUGUAAUCAACGUUCAUGAAAACUCUGACGAUGAUACACCAGAAAAUAGUUCUGAAUCUGACUGUGAUAUGGAAGUUGGAAGUAUUGUUUCGCAUCACACUGUCCACCCCGCUCCUCCUCCUCUUAUCCCGCUGUCAUAA